CCCUACUCGGCUCGGGGAAUGCAUAGCGCAUAGCGGAGAAUCCAGUGCGGCGGCGCCUCAUCUGGAAAAUCCACCGCGGCGGCGGCGGCGCAGUACAUGGAGAUGGAGGGUGCCAAGAAGAGGAAACUAGCCGCAAUGGGCAUCAACGAAGCCACGCCGGCGGUUACGGAAGGCCACGAUCCCAAACCACCGACGACGACGGCGGUGAGAAGCCCAGAACAGCCGCCCGGCGACCACAUCAGCAACCUCCCCGACGCAAUCCUCGGUGAGAUCAUCACCCUUCUCCCCACCAAGGACGGCGCUCGCACCCAAGUCCUCGCGUCACGCUGGCGCCACCUCUGGCGCUCUGCCCCUCUUAACAUCGACGUCCGUGACCUCCACGCCUAUGGGAUACAAGCGAAAGCUCUCCUCGGCGUCAUCCUUUCUGCCCACCACGGGCCCGGACGCCGCCUGUGUCUACCUGCGCCUUAUCUUCUGUACCAAGCAAAAGCAGCGCAUGGCUCAGUUGGAACCCUCGGAUCCCCUGCCCUUGAUAACCUCCAAGAGCUGGAGCUCUACGUGGCCCCAUUUGCAAGCCGAAGCCCACAACUGCCAUCAUCGCUUUCAACGUCCAUCUUUCGGUUCACGCCCACUCUCCGUGUCCUCACCAUCAGCCAGUACUCUCUCCGGGACUAUAUGGUCGAAACGCUCCGCUUUCCCCAGCUCAAGAAACUUGCACUGGUGGAGGUCAUUAUAUCACAAUUCACGCUGCACAUUAUCCUCGCGAGCUGCUCUGUCCUGGAAAGCUUGCUUCUUGAUUACACUUUUGGCAUCCGUUGUCUCCGGAUCAACUCCCCUACCAUCAGCAACAUCGGCAUUCGUUGUGGCACAAUGGAGCUUGUCAUCGAGGAUGCGUUUUUGCUUCAAAGGAUGCUCAAUCUUGAUACAUACACACAAAUGCAAAUUUCUGUUAUAUCCACGCCUAAACUUGAGAUAUUGGGCUGCAUUCCUGAAUUGUAUAGCGACUCCAAAAUUGUGUUUGGCUCAACAGUUAUUCAGGUAGCUAUGUCUGUUUUACUUAUUACAUGGCUUCUCAUUAGUUGCACUUUUGUGUGCACAUAUGUUAUGCAUAUCAAUCGUAUAUAUUUAUAUUUCAUUGUGCUAAUGUUUCGUUCUAUGCAUGCUUGACAAAGGGAUUGCGCAUUCAUAGCUUGACAACGGUGGUGCCUAAUGUCAAGAUCUUGGCUAUCAGUAUGUAUAUUUAUGAUCUGGAUAAAGUUAUUAAUUUAUUGAGAUGUUUUCCCUGCUUGGAGAAAUUGUAUAUAAAGGGAGGCAGAUCAGGAAAACGAAAUUUGUGGCGCCGGAAGCAUCGGAAUCUUCUCAAAUCUCUUGAUAUCCGUUUGAAGACAAUAGUGAUGCAUUGUUAUCGAGCCAUCAAGGCACAAAUUAACUUUGUCCAAUUCUUUGUGCUGAAUGCCAGAAUCCUAGAAUCACUUAAACUUGCGGUUGAAUACCACAAUCAUAAUGAUGAAUUUUUUGAUAAGCAACAUAGGAUGCUUCAGAUGGAGAAUGGGGCUUCUAGAGGUGCUCGGCUUUGUUUUACAAUAGCUUGUCGGCAUGAUGUUUCAGAUAUCAUGCAUGUCCGUGAUUUGGAUUUGACCGAUCCCUUCACAUGUGGAUGCUGAAAAAUGGGGCCCCCCCUCCAUCUUGCUUGUCCCAUCUUGUGUUUUGUUCAAGCCUGAGUAGUUCCAAUGUGCUUGUAGUGUGGAGAAGUUCAUAUUAUCCCAAUUUAUUGUAUCUAAACAAGUCAUUUG